AUGGGGACUUGGAAGACAUUGUGGUUGAUCAUCUCCUUUGCAGCUGGUUUGGGCUUCAUCAAGUCACAAAGGACUGUCUGCAGGGAGGCCUCUGUGGGAGACAUCGUGUUUCUGGUCCACACCAACAUCGACCCCCAGCAUGCCCAGGGUGUGCGGAACUUCUUGUAUGUAUUGGCAAACAGUUUACAAGUCGGCGGAGAUAACAUCCGUGUGAGUCUGGCCCUGUACGGUGAUACACCCACCACUGAGUUCCUGCUUUCGGCCUAUCCCCGCAAAGGCGAUGUGUUGAAGCACAUCCGUGGACUUCAGUUUAAGCCCGGAGGCAACAGGAUGGGCCAGUCCCUGCAGUUCAUCCUAGAGCAUCACUUCCGGGAAGGAGCUGGGAGCCGGGCAAGCCAAGGGGUGCCUCAGGUGGCGGUGGUGAUGAGCACUGGUGUAGCUGAGGACCACUUUCGUGAACCUGCCGAAGCGCUCAAGAGAGAGGGAAUCUUGCUAUACGCCAUUGGAGUCAAAGACGCAGCUCAGGCCGAACUCAGGGAGAUUUCGAGUAGUCCCAAGGAUAACUUCACCUUUUUUGUUCCUAACUUCUCUGGCUUGCCUGGCCUCGCCCAGAAGCUGCGGCCAGAGCUUUGCACUACACUAGCGAAGGUAGUGCAACAUACUGAGCAGGGAUCUCCAGCCUGCACAGAAGCAUUCCUGGCUGACAUUGUGUUUUUAGUAGACAGCUCAACUAGCAUUGGACUCCAGAACUUCCAGAAAGUAAAAAAUUUCCUUCACUCCAUUGUCUCGGGGCUUGACGUCAGAAGUGAUCAGGUGCAAGUGGGGCUGGUCCAGUACAGUGACAACAUCUACCCAGCCUUUCAGCUGAAGCAGUCCUCUCUAAAGAGCGCGGUCCUGGAACAGAUCCGGAAUCUGCCCUAUAACAUGGGGAGUACAAAUACCGGAAGUGCCCUAGAGUUCAUCAGGGCCAACUACUUGACCGAGAUGAGUGGCAGCCGUGCCAAGGAUGGGGUUCCUCAGAUAGUUAUUCUGGUGACAGAUGGGGAGUCCAACGAUGAGGUUCAGGAUGCGGCUGACCAGCUGAAAAGAGACGGGGUCUUUGUGUAUGUGGUAGGGAUCAAUAUUCAAGAUGUCCGAGAGUUGCAAAAGAUAGCCAGCGAGCCAUUUGAGGAGUUUCUCUUCACCACAGAAAACUUCAACAUCUUGCAGGAGCUCUCAGGAAGCCUUAGUCAGGCUGUGUGUUCCACAGUGGAGAGAGAGAAGAAAAAAUGUCUGGCUCCCAUUCCAACUGACCUCGUGUUCCUCGUUGAGGAAUUUACCAGUGCCGGGCAACCCAAUUUUCAGCAAGUCAUCAAGUUAUUGAAGACCACUGUCCACUCUCUCAACAUCCACCCUGGUAUCGUGAGGGUCAGCUUGGUCUUUUACAGUGAGAAACCACAGCUGAAGUUUUCUCUGAAUACAUUUCAAAAUGCUGCCCAGGUCUUAACCAGUUUGGACCAGUUAGCCUUCAGAGCAAGACAAGGAAGGACGAAGGCAGGGGCUGCUUUGGAUUUCCUGAGGAAAGAAGUUUUUCUUCCGGAGAAGGGCAGCCGGUCCAUUUGGGGUGUACAGCAGAUAGCUGUAAUCAUUAUGGAAAGUCCGUCUCUAGACAACGUGUCUACACCGGCUUCCCACCUCCGCAGGACCGGGGUCACCAUCUAUGCAGUGGGCAUCCAGUCUGCCUCUGAGAGUAAGGACCUGGAGAAGAUUGCCACAUACCCUCCCGGGAAGCACACCAUCCACCUAGAGUCCUUUCUGCAGCUCGAUGUUGUGAGAAAAAUACUUAAUAAGAAGCUCUGUUCUGAGACUUUGGGCAAAAUGCCUUCUGUGGGCAGCAUGCCUCCUGUGGGCAGCAUGCCUCCUGGGGCCGAAAUGCCUCCUGGGGCCGAAAUGCCUCCUGGGGGCAAAAUGCCUCCUCUGAUGGGUUGUACUCCACAGAGCAUGCAAAAAGUUUGCACGCAUGUGAAGAAGGCAGAUAUUUACUUCCUUAUUGAUGGGUCUGAGAGCAUCAGUCCAAGCAACUUCAUGGAGAUGAAGGAGUUCAUGAAGGACAUGAUCAAGAUGUUUCACAUUGGACCCGACGGGGUACGAUUUGGAGUCGUUCAGUACUCACACGAAAUUAUAAGCCAGUUUUCACUCACCCAGUACACCAGCAUGGAUAAGCUGGGGACAGCCAUUGGCAACAUCCAGCAGGGAGGAGGUGGUACCGCCACCGGUGAGGCCUUAAGAAAAAUGGCCCCGAUCUUCGAAAACACUACCAGAACCAAUGUUGCCCAAUACCUCAUCGUCAUCACUGAUGGUCAGUCUUCAGACCCAGUGGCUGAUGCUGCGCAGGGACUGAGGGACACCGGAAUCAAUAUCUAUGCCAUCGGAGUAAGAGAUGCUAAUACCACCGAGCUCAAGGAAAUAGCGAACAACAGGGUAUUUUUCACAGAUGAUUUUCACUUCUUGAAAAGCAUCCACCAGGAAGUCGUUCGGGAUAUCUGCUCCUUUGAGAAUUGUAAGAGCCAGAAAGCUGACAUCAUCUUCUUGAUUGAUGGCUCGGAAUCCAUCUCUUCUGAAGACUUUGAAAAGAUCAAGGACUUCGUGAAGAGGAUGGUGAAUCAGUCUAAUAUCGGGGCUGAUAAAAUUCAGAUUGGCCUUCUGCAGUUCAGCUCCGAUUCCCGGAAAGAAUUCACGCUCAAGAACAAUUACUCCUCAAAGGACGAGAUGUGUAAAGCCAUCUCGAAUGUUACACAGAUAAGGAAUGGUACCAACACUGGGAAAGCCUUGAAUUUCACUCUGCCCUUCUUUGACAUUUCACAAGGAGGGAGACCUGGAGUUCAUCAGUAUUUGAUUGUGAUCACCGACGGGGACUCCCAUGAUGAUGUAGUUUUCCCAGCCAAAGCCCUCAGGGACAGAAACAUAGUUAUUUUUGCUAUUGGGGUGGGAAAAAUUAAAAGAGCCCAGCUCUUGGCGAUUACUAAUGACCAGGACAAAGUAUACCACGAAGAAAAUUUUGAGUCCCUGCAGAACCUGGAAAAGGAAAUUCUUUAUGAGGUCUGUACUUCCCAAGGCUGCAGCAUGGAUCUGUCUGUAGGAGUUGAUACCUCAACUUCUUCAGGGCGAGCUCAGCAGGAACUUGGAAGGUUUCUGCCGGGGCUGCUGCAACAGCUGGCCUUGCUCUCUAACAUCAGCUGUGAGGCUCCUGGCCAGAUGGAGCCGAGGUUCCGCUACAUGGUUCCAGGAUCCAGCAGCCGGCCUGUCUUUGACUCGGGCUUUGAGAAAUACAACGAUGAGACAGUCCAGAAGUUCUUGGUGCAACAGGGUUCUGCGAACAACCGUCUGAAUGUAGACUUUCUGAAGUCCCUGGGAGAGACUGCCAUCCACUCGUCUUCUGCUAACGUAAAGGUCCUUCUAGUGUUUACAGACGGACUUGAUGAAGACCUAGGGAGGCUGAGGAGAACCUCGGAGCUCCUUCGCAGCGGAGGGCUCUCCGGACUCCUGGUCAUCGGCCUGGGAGGCGCACACAAGUUAGAAGAGCUGCAGGAGCUGGAGUUUGGCAGAGGGUUUGCGUACAGGCAGCCUCUGAGCUCCGGCCUGACAUCCCUCCCAAGCGUCUUACUGAAGCAACUCGACACAAUUGUGGAGAAGGCAUGCUGUUACGUGUGUGCCAAAUGUUAUGGAGACGAUGGGGUCAGAGGUGACCCUGGGAGUCUCGGGAAGGAGGGAGAGAGAGGUUUGGACGGGCUCCCCGGCCAUCCUGGUGAAGAGGGAGACCAUGGACCAAGAGGCCCCCAGGGUCUUCCUGGACUUCGAGGUGAGGAAGGUUGUCCGGGUGUGAGAGGACCUAAGGGAGCAAGAGGAUUUUCAGGAGAGAAGGGCAACCCUGGUGAUGAAGGUGUUGAGGGCUUAGAUGGAGAACAGGGCGAUCGCGGGGCCGCAGGGUCAUCUGGAGAGAAAGGAAGCAGAGGCAGUCGGGGCUUGACAGGUCUGCCUGGACCAGAUGGAUCUCGUGGAGAGCCUGGGCUGAGGGGAGAUCCUGGGGAUCCUGGAAUCGAUAAUUUCAUUCAAGGCCCCAAGGGAGAAAAGGGAAGGCGUGGACAUCAGGGAAGUUCUGGUUUUCACGGACUUCUGGGGGAAACUGGCAGUGUGGGACCUUGGGGGUCACUUGGAAGACGUGGCUUGCCAGGGUUGAAGGGUGUGCCCGGAGAGACUGGUGAGCUGGGCUACCAAGGAGAGCCUGGGUAUCCAGGUCCACAGGGACCCAGAGGAAGGCAAGGACCUCCAGGAUCAUUUGGUCAAAAAGGGGAUCCAGGUGCCCAGGGGAAUCGUGGGCCUCCAGGGCCAAAUGGCUCAAAAGGAACAGAUGGUCCCAGAGGACUCAAGGGAGAACUCGGUCACACAGGAGAAAGAGGUCCACGGGGUCAGCAAGGGUCAAGAGGACAGCCUGGUCGCUCUGGUCUAGACGGCUACGGUCAUCCUGGAAGAAAAGGCAAGAAGGGUGAACCUGGAUUCCCUGGCUAUCCUGGCAUGCAAGGAGAAGAUGGUAAUCCAGGCCGUGGAGGAGAGAAGGGGGCCAAGGGAAUCCGAGGGAAGAGGGGCAGUUCUGGAUUUCCUGGGUUUGCUGGAACUCCAGGUGACCAAGGCCCACCAGGAAAAACGGGCAUCAAGGGCCCAAAAGGCUUGGCAGAUAGGACGCCCUGUGAAAUUGUUGAUUUCGUGCGAGGAAACUGCCCUUGUUCGAAAGGUAUUUCCAGAUGCCCAGCAUUCCCGACGGAAGUGGUCUUUGCCUUGGACAUGUCCAACGACGUCUCCCAGUCAGACUUUGAGAGGAUGAGAAACAUUUUAUUAUCUCUGUUGAUGAAUCUGGAAAUGAGUGAAAGCAACUGUCCCGCUGGUGCUCGGGUGGCCAUUGUUUCCUACAACAUGAGGACAGAUUAUCUAGUGCGCUUGUCAGACCAUCGGGGAAAAGCUGCCCUUCUACAGGCUGUCAGGAAAAUCCCCCUGGAAAGGUCAUCUGGGUUCCGGAACCUUGGGGCCACCAUGAAGUUUGUGGCUAGACAUGUAUUCAAACGUGUACGCUCAGGGUUUUUGGUGAGGAAGGUAGCCGUGUUCUUCCAGGUGGGUAGGAACUAUGACACAACCUCUGUCAAUACAGCCAUGCUGGAGCUCCAUGCAGCAGACAUUGUCACAGCAGUAGUGACCUUCACAGAGGACCACAACCUCCCAGAUGCCCUGCUGGUGGAUGGACGCAACGCCUUUCACUUGUUUACCUGGGAGACGGAGCACCAGCAGGAUGUGGAACGCCUGGUCAGCUGUACUCUCUGCUACGACAAGUGCCGACCAGCCCCCGGGUGCCGGCUGGAAUCUCCCAGGCCUCAGGAGUUGGACAUGGACUUGGUCUUCCUGGUGGACAGCUCCCAGGGUGUCAGCAGGGACAUAUACCUUGGGGCUUUGAGGCUCGUGGAUUCAGUGCUCAAGGACCUGCAGGUGGCUGCACAGCCUGGCACAUCCUGGCACGGGGCACGCGUGGCCCUGUUGACACACACAACCCCAGGCUUUUGGCCUGGUGUGGGUCAAGACCCUGUGCUUGAGUACUUUCACCUGACCUCCCACGGCCACCGGACACAGAUGCAAAGGCAGAUUCAGGAGGCUGCAAGUGGUUUGCUACAGGGAGCCCCCGCCCUGGGCCACGCCCUGGAGUGGACGCUGGAAAAAGUGCUUCUGGCAGCCAUAUUGCCUCGAAGGUCACGGGUCCUCUUUGCCAUCGUGGCCAGUGAGACGAGCAUCUGGGACAGAGAGACGCUAAGGGCUCUGUCCCUGGAGGCCAAGUGCAAGGGCAUCACACUAUUUGUGCUGGCUGUGGGCCCAGGAGUGGGAGCCCAGGAGCUGGCUGAGCUGGCCAAUGUGGCCAGUGCACCCUCAGAGCAGCACCUGUUACGCCUGGAGGGCGUCUCAGAGGCAGAGGUAGCCUAUGCCAGCAGAUUCACGGAGGCCUUCCUGAACCUUCUAAAAAGUGGAAUAAACCAGUAUCCACCCCCAGAGCUCAAUGAAGAGUGUGGAGGCCCAAACCGUGGGGACACCUUGCUACAGUUCUUCACUUCUGCCAAGAGGCUGUCCAAGCCCCGGUUUGGCACGUCUGCUGCCACUGGGUAUGACUCAGGAGCACCCAAGUCACCAGACUCCUUUCUAAGGGGUAGGAGGAAGAUCAGGACGCCAUCCGUAGCUCAGCAAGAAACGCUGGGAAGUCUCGGAAGGGACAGGGCGAACGCUGAAGAAACGCCAGCGAAGGGAAGACGUUCGGGUGCUGCCCACGGUGAGAUACCAAGCCAGGGCUUCCUUGUUCUCUAA